GGCAGCGGACGGAAAUUUGCUAAUUUUGCAAUGACUGUAGGAAACCUCCGUAAGGGGUUCCCAUCUGCCAGAACUCACUCUUGUUGCCCUGCUUAACGCUGGUUUAAGGCCUCCCCUAUUGAUUUUUUGCCUAGGGCCCCAACAGAUUCUAGAUCCCCACUGCCUUCUGGUUCAAAAGAUACUGUGCAGAACAUUUCAACAGGAUGUAGAGACGUCUGUCUAGUACUUAAAAAUGUUUAUGUCUCUGACCUUAGACUGUAUACUAUGUCAUGAUUAUUAUUAUUGUUAUUUACAGUCUAUGUCUCUGACAGACAGCAGAUGUCGAGACACUAGUAUCUGUGGUGUCUGUAGCAGAAGGGUCCUCCCGUCCUGAAGGGGGCGGCUCUGGCUCUGACCCCCCUCUCAGCGUGGUCUCGUUGACCCGGAACGGGCCGGUCUGUUUUCACUGGUGUUGGCCGAUGUACGGGCUCUUGUCCCGGGAUGUCUCUUUCUGUAGCCCCUACGCGCUGCGGGCUACGGGCCCUGACGCAGGCGGUGUCGGAGCAGCUGUCCCGGGCCGGGUCGGAGAUCUUGACGAUGCUGAAGAAGCGGAGCGGCGGCUCGCGGGGCUCCGGGUGCCGCCGCCAGCUGCACGUCCUGCGGCUGCUGCUUACUGAACGGCUCGCGGCGGCGGCAGAGCUGAUCGUAGGACUGCUGCAGCGGGAGGUGGAGGAGAACCGGCGGCGCCUGGAGCGGCAGAGCCGGAUGCUGGAGGCUGUGCUGAGCCCGGAGGUCCGACUGACUCGGACAGAUUCCAUCGGCACGUUCACUCUGAGGACAUCCAGCGCUGACAAAAAGCCCCUGCUGUAUUCUGAGGGUAAACCCGCUGACCUCUUCACAGCCCCGCUUAGCUCCGCCCCCUCAGACACCUCAGCAGCGGAGAGCGAUGACGACUGGAGGGGAAGCGACAACUCGUACAGCAACACAGAAUCAGCGGACUCAAAGACAGACGCAGGGCGGCGCUCUAAUGCUCGCAGACAGCAGGGGGCAUCAUCUGACCAGACGGCGGCUCAUCGCUGUGUCGUCUGUGGAAAAAGUUUCCGUCACAGGGGAUAUCUGACGAAACACGUGGAGACACACUCAGACCAGCGUGUUUGUGGAGGACAGAUCCAGUCCUCAGACUGUCUGGUGGACCGUCUCAGGUCUCACAGGGACGCCACUAGAGGGAGCAGGGCCUGUGGGAUCUGCAGUAAAACGUUUCAAAACAUGGAGACUCACAUGCGGAGUCACACUGGAGAGAAACCUUACAGCUGCUCUGUCUGCAGGAAGAGCUUCCCCCGUGCAGGAGCCCUCAGGAGACAUAGGAAGAUCCACAGCAGGAAGUCGAACAAGGUCUGCCCGGUCUGUGGACUUACCAUCAGCACAGACCAGCUGCUGCAGGACCACCUGAAGACCCACCAGGACGAGGACAGAGAGCAGAGACCGGACGAGGAGGACGGUCAAUCAAUGACAGACAGUAGGCAGGACUCUGGGCUGAAGCGGCCUCAGGGGUCUUGGUCCUGCAGGGUCUGUGGGGACUGGUUCCACAGCCAAGGUUUCCUAAGGAAACACGGCGAGACGCACUGCAGAGAUGCUCAGAGCGUCUGCGGCGUCUGUGGACAGCAGCUGAACUCACCUGAGGCUCUGCAGACUCACCUGCAGUCCCACAGAGAGACUGGGGGGACCUGCUCUGUCUGCAGGAGGACUUUCCAGAACCUGCAGACCCACAUGAGGACCCACACAGGGUUCAAACCGUACCGCUGCUCCGUAUGUGACAAACGCUUCCCCCGAGUGGGGGCGCUGAGGAGGCACAGGAAGAUCCACGGCGGGGAGCAGCUCUGUGGGCGGAGCUUCACAGAGACUCACUCCAAGGAGAUACACAAUGAGGAGUACGCAGAGUCGGACCCUCAGAGUCUUAAGUCUCAGACUGAGGACAGUCUGAUUGAAGGAGAAGACACAGAGACGCCUCAGACGAGUCACUGCUGCAGAGUGUGCAGCGAGACGUUUCAGAGUGACGGCGGUCUGAGGAAACAUGUGAAGACUCACUCAUCAGAGUCUGCGUGUGGAAUCUGUGGACAGACUUUACCCCCAUCAGAGACCCUCAUAGACCACCUUCAAGUCCACAGAGACGCCGCUAAGAUCUGUCAUGUCUGUGGUAAAUCCUUUCAAAACAUUGACACUCACAUGCGGAGCCACACGGGGGUCAAACCAUACGUCUGCGGCGUCUGCGGUAAGUCCUUCCCACGGCCCGGAGCCCUGCGGCGCCACAGAAGGAUCCACAGCGGGGAGCGACCUUACAUCUGCGAGUUCUGCGGGAAGACGUUCAUGGACAACGGAGCUCUGAGCACACACAUCAGGAAACACACCGGCGACAAACCUACCCACCGAGUCUCCUGCCAGACCUGCGGGAAGAGCCUGGCGUCUGUCCAUGUCCUGGAGGUCCACAAGAGGAUCCACACAGGAGAUAAACCGUUCCAGUGUCUGGUCUGCGGGAACACCUUCAGGCAGGUGGGGGGGCUGAAUGCCCACAUGAUGACCCACAGUGGCGAGAAACCGUACAGCUGCAGCCUCUGCGGGAAGAGCUUCAGCACCAAAGGGUACCUGCAGAUACACCUGCGCUUCCACAGGAAGGAGUGUGCCUUCAGCUGCAGCCUGUGCUCCAAGGCCUUUGUCACCAAGAACGACCUGAAGAAACACCUGCUGACUCACAGCGGGGAGAAACCCUACGGCUGCUCCAUCUGUGGGAAGCGCUACCAGGAGAAACGCUCCAGAGACAUCCACAUGAAGGUUCACCUGGACGUCCAUACUGACAAGGACCCUAUCAGGAGGCACGACGGUCUGCAGCCAGACUUUAUCCAGCUGUAGAGUCCAAAAAAGGGAGUAAUGACUUUCAAAACAUCUUCAGCUUCAUAUUUAGCUGGAAAUAGCACAAAGACAACAAGUCAAAUGUUGAAACUGAGAUAUUUAUUGCGACAAAUGAUAUGUCAUGUUUACGGCUCUGUAACAUCACACUUUCUUUUCACGACACUGUAAGUGUUUGUGACCUGAGGAGACCAGUUACUUUUAUUUUGAAGGUUGACCCUUUUUACUAAAUAUGUAUGAUUUCAGUUGUCUGACUUCAGGUCUCUAAUGCUGCAAAUAUUUGUAAUGGGUGACGAGUCCGGACUGCAGGGAGGUCAGUUAACCACCUGGACUCUUACUGUAAUGCCGUGCUGCUGUAACACGAGCACAAUGUUUGACGCUGAGUUGAUAAAAAUGGCCUUCCUUAAAAAAAAGUCUGUUUGGCUGCACAUGUUGCUCCUAAACCUUUUUACAUGCUUCAUAGGGCUGUCAAAAAAUGAAAUGUUUAAUCGCGAUCAAUCUAAAAAAAAAUUGACAGCAUGUUUGAAAUUCCAUUAUUUUGCAUAUAAAAAUAAAAUUAUUAUGCUUUUAUUUUGAAUGUUUGUACUGCGUUAAACUGAGAGUACUUCACUUGCUGUGUGUGCGCUCACAGUGCCAAUGCAUUUCCGUUACUCAUGUCUGAUUGGUUUCCACGGUCAUGUGACCCGGAAACCAGACCUGUCUGCUCAAUAAUGACAGUAAACAUCAGGAAACUGCAGCAGAGAAGCAGUGAGUGACGUCAACUUACAUUUACUAGUUUAUAAAGUACUCGACACCACGUGACUAGGAUCGAGACGACCCUCCCGGUACACCGGCUCCUCCUGUCCUCCUCUGGGACGGUGUUCAGUACGGACAUGUUGAAGCUCCACACUCUAAGGAUGUUCGUGGACCAGCGGCUCUCCGCCGCCACCGAUGACAUCCUCCGCCAUUUUGCCUCAGUGAUCUCCGAGUAUGAGCGCGAGGUGUUCCGAUUAAGAGAAGAGAUCGACCGACAGAAGAGGGGACGGAUGGAGGCUGCGGGACGACCCGAGGACGAACCGGAGGAUGAAGCCGCCGGUCAGUGAGACUGCUGUUUGUUGGUUUGAGAAAUAAAUAUAAAUAUUUAGAUUGUGACGUAGCGGCUUUCCCCGCCAGAUGGCGCUGUUGUUUUAGGAACUGGGAACAGUCAAGCUGUUACCAUAGUAACAGUCGGUAGUCAUGUUAGAAGGGUGAACUAGUGACCUUCAGGACAAACAGUAAACAAACAAACAAACAAACUGGGAGAUAAUGGACAGGUUACCAUAGCAACAGUAAGAAAACAGAUAAAAUAAUUUUCGCUAAUACAAAGUAGAUAAUUGGAGUAAAUUGUCUGCAUUGACUUCCUGCCUGUUCAUUAAAUGUUUUUCAAAGACUCCAUUUGAUCUUCACUGCUCCCUCGCUGCCUUGCUGCCUCUGCCUCUGUGUGUUGUUUAGUGUUUGACCUCAAAUGACUGUUUACAACAACACAAACUAACAGCCGAGGCCACAUUGAAGUAAGGGAACUAAAGGUGUUUUCAAUAUUUCCAUCUUGCAUUAGCAGAUUGCUGUUAUACACCAGUUCAUUCUGAGCGAGUGAUCUGAUUGGAUAAGAGCUCAUCCAUAGAGCAUUUCUGUUCUUUUAAAGUGCAUCCUUGCUUCCUUCACUUUUGUCCUCGUCCCUCCCACCAGAGAGGCAUCGAGGAGAUACGUUUCUGUGAAGAUAACGGCAUCAGCGUCAGUUUGGGUUAGGGUGUUUUCAUAACAGAAGAAGAAGAGCAGGCGAGGGGGCAGAGCUUCAGUCCACUCAUUAAACAGGAAGGGGGCAGAGCUUCAGGACCAGACGGGACUGUCAUCACACCCAUGCAGAGUCUUGAUUGGCUGAGGUUGAGACUUGACACAGUCCAGAACCCUUUGUCCAAUCAGACACAGUCUGUGGUUGUCGGUGGUGACGUCGGACUUAAUCCCGUUUUUAACACACAGGAAAUGUUGGUUGUCAAGCAGGAACUUGAUGAGGGUCUGGAGGCCUCACUCAGAGCAGACACCGGUGAAGAAGAGAAGCAAGAGAGGGCGCAGGGCUCUUAUCUGAACAUCACAGAUGAAGGGGGCGGGGCUUCAGGACCAGGGGAGUUGAUGACCAGGUUCACACAGAGUCCUGAUUGGCAGAUGGAGAGCUACAAGGACAAGGCAAGUCCUUUAUCCAGUCACAUCCAGUCCCUUAGGUCCCCCCCACACAUGAAACCAGAACCCGGAGAGACAGACCUACCCGAAGACCUCAACCAGGACUCUGUUAGCCAUUCAGAAUCCACUACAGAGGACAGUGAUGAGGCGCCGCUGGAACCAGGUGUACACAGGACUCUGGGAGCGUGGACUGGGCCUCCUGUGGAACAGGAGCUGCUGGUCUGCAGGGGCUGUGACCGACAGUUUAGCUCAAAGCAAACUCUGAAAAAACACGUCAGACGAAACCUGUCACAGGACCAGGACCUGAUGUCCUGCAGCCUCCGCAGACAGCAGGUCCCCUUCCAAAAACCUGACAAGUCCUUCACCUGCAGACUCUGCAGAAUGUCCUUCAACACGCUGGGGAUUUUGGUUCGACACACUGAAAACCACUGUAAGGAACCCGAGAGCCGUUGUGGGGUCUGUGGGGACUGUCUCGAGUCCACCAAAACCCUGAGAGAUCACCUGCGCUCUCACAAAGAGCUGGGGUGCACCUGCGACGUGUGUGGGAUUAAAUGUAGCUCCAUCAGAAGAAUGGAGAUCCACAAGCGGGUCCACACUGGAGAGAAACCAUACCAAUGUGAGGUCUGCAGCAAAGACUUUGCUAGGAAAGAAAGUCUGGAGAGACACCUGAAGGUCCACAGAGGGGGCAGACUGCAUACCUGUGGACUAUGCAGGAAGGCCUUUACCAGGAGGGAGGAUCUGUUCCUCCACCUGAUGACUUUUCACCCAGAUCUACCUGUAGGAAGUGAGUGGACCACAUGUUAAGUUUCUGGCAUCCUCAAGUCUUUUGUGCCAUCUUCUCCCUGCACACCAACAGCUGCACUUCCAAUCACCAGUCCAUCAAGCUCCUCAAGUUCAAGGAUGACACCUUCCUCAUUGGACUCAUCUCUGGUGGGGAUGAGUCCACCAACAUGCGAGAGGAGGACCACAUGAGAACAACUUAGAGCCUAAUGCUCUAUAGACGGUGGAGAUGAGUUGACCUGUACACCACCUGGACUCUGAGGCCACCUAUAUUCCUCCUUAGCAUUAACGAUGCCCUGGCUCUACCCCCCACCCCCCUCGGCACAGACUUCCUCCAGCCCCCCAGUCAGAGAGCAUCACUAGAAGUCCUGUGUUAAAUUAACGCACACUUUAAGAAUCCUUCAGUCAUCCUGAAAAAUUGACAUAUCUGCACACUAUACAGCCAGUACACACCUCCUACAAUGUAGUUUGUGAAUUUUGUUUCUUUUUAUAUUUAUGAUUUGUACCUUAUUUUUGAUUUUUUUUUAUUAAGAUUUUUUUGGACUUUUUUGUGCCUUUACUGUAAAGAUAGAACAUUGGAUAUAGAGUCAGAAAUCAGGGCGAGAGACAUGCAGACAGGUCGGAUUCAAACCCAUGUCACUUGCCUGGUUUAUACCUUAUUUUGAUAUUUUAAUCUUUCUCUAUAUAAGUCCCUUGACAGAAGGAGAACUGCUGUUUUAUAGCCUUUUACUUCUUUAUUCUACUUACUUGGCAAGGAAACACAAUUCUGAUUCUCGGCAGCGUAGACUAAUGGGAGCGUCACCUCUGUGGUGGGGAAAGAACCGGAGCUGGAGUUGGAGAGCUAUCAGAUAGAUAUAGUUGGGCUCAUGUCCACUCAGCUCACAGAGGGGCUGCACUCUCUCCUUCAGAGGCUCUCAGGGUGAAAUGUGUCGGGCGGGUGUGGGAAUACUCCAUAGCCCCCUCUAAUCAUGUACCCAGAACACUUGUCCUGAACUUGUUCCUCAUUUAGAUGAGCAUUAGGGUUUGUUGAUCGUUCAAAAGCCUCAGGUUUAUUCUCUAGGUUUUUAUUUCUUAAUAUAACGACAACGUGUCAAACUGUUGUUCUUCUUCAGGUGUGUCAGGUGACUCACCUAACCCUGACCCUCAGAGACCGGAGGAACACUUGGUACGCUGUAAAUGGUUAAUGGACUGUCCUUUAAAGUCCUUUACUAGUCAUCUGCCCUCUCAGAGGUCUUUGUUACCACAUGUCACAUUCACACAUGGCAGAGGCUGCUGUUUAAAGUAGCCAUCAGGAUGAACUCAUCCAUUCACUGAUCUUAACGCCAUCAGGAAUCAUUUACACUUCAGUGUCUUGCCCAAGGACAUUCCAACGUGACUACAGGAACUGGGAAUCAAACCUCCAACCUUCUGAUUGAGAGACGACCUGCUCUACCACUGAGCCACAACCGCCCCUUAGAACAUCACAAACACAUCUUUGGACUGUCAUCAUCAGUCGCUCUGACUGACACCUCUGUGGUUCCCCCACAGAUCCCACCUCCUCAGCUGCUGAUUGGCCCACUGAGUUAGAAUAGAAGCGUCUGGUUCUGUUUGUUGACAUUAUGAACACAGACGGCGCUCAGCUGGACACUCUGUGCUGCGUUUAUGUGCAACAUUUACCGUCAGACACAAGAAACAUGCAAGGGCUUUUAUUAACAGGACAGUGGGAGUGUGUGUGUGUGUGUGUGUGUGUGUGUGUGUGUGUGUGUGUGUGUGUGUGUGUGUGAGAUCAUUUCCAGGAAGAGGUACAGAGAGGGCAGCAACGUGUGUCUUUGUGUGUGUGUGUGAGUAACUAAGUGACUUCCUGGUCCACCGGGUGUAUCCUGUUAAAACACACUCAGAGGGUCGAGUGUGUGUUCAUUAACUUUAUGAACAACACACACACACACGCUGCCACCACAAAGCCUGCCUGGGGAGAUGUUGGAAUCUAAACAUGAGAAAAGUUCUGAUUUAACAGACUGAGUGAAGCUGAAUGUAAACUUUAUUUAUAACAUUGUCAGUUUUUUAUGUACAGGUUCAUUGUGAACAUUAAAUUCUCAAACAUAAACUGUG